AUUUACUUAAAGAUAUUGAAGCUAUAUCAAACCGUGUAGGUCAUGUUGAAAUAAAUAAUAUGUUGGCACUUUUUGUAGAACAAUUAAACAGUAAAUAUCCAUUACUGCAAGAAGAUAUUAGCGAUCCCCUUAUUGCUAAAACAAAAGGAAGGUCAAAAGGCACUAAGUGCAAAAAUACAGGUGCUGAACAUGUUACCAAAAAAAAAAAAGAAUAUAGUAUUCGUAGAAGUACUGGACCAACUCUAGAAGCUGUCCAAACAAGUGAUAAUAAUAACUUGUAA